AGGAGAGGAUAUGGAUGGCAAAUUUUGUAGCUCGCGAAUCUUGGUCAAUUCAUUUCGCCUUCUUGACAUUGAUGCUUUCCCGUCUUGUUUCUGCCCAUACUCGCGGGCACCAUUGUACAACCACUCUGACCACUCUGUUUUCUUCUUCUCUUUAAUCCGCCUAUUUUCUUCUAAUGCGAUUUUAAGCUUUGAUUCACACCAGCGAGCAGCCGCCCUAACUGCCUCGACUUCACACUCCUUUCCCGUUGUGCCUGCGCAAUCCGCACCAGAACCAACAAAAUGUUGUCCAGGUCACGUCCCUGCCAGCGCAGCCUGGCCCUCAGGCAGCUCGCUGCUCGAAAUCACCCUCGCAGCCAAGUCAGAAGCUUCCGGUCAGCUUCAGCAAAGCCGCCAUCUCUCGCCGCGCCCACACCCGAAGUGCAGCAACAAAGGAGGACAGGCGGUAAUCACGAAGGCGGUCUACGAACUAGGGGAUUCGCAACAGCUGUCGACGAUAUGGGGUUUGACGGCGCACUCAAACCACAGUACUCGAUGCCUCCACCAACAAAUGCAUUAUACCAGACUAAACCCUUGAGUAGUGCAAACGUUCUCAGGCUGCCUGAGACAAUGACGCCCAACAUGCCCAGACUUUAUCAAAAAAGAUCCGUCCCCGGUGACGUGCAAGAAAUGCUGGCAAUCCUAGACGCCUGUUUGACUAUAGGAAAGCUUGACCGCGCUGGUCUCGUCCUCAAGCGCCUCGGCUCUUCCCAGCUAAGCAUGAUCGACCGUGCCGACAUCAUGGCACUACACAACAUGUACCUGCAGGUCGCUGUCGAACAGCUAGCUGCGAGUCCCAGUGAGGCCAAGGCAGAACAUAUUCAGCAGUGGUACGAAACCGAGAUUCGUAAGGCCGAACUGCCGCAAACACCCCAAACCAUCGCAUACAUGCUCAAGGCUGCCCUCCUCUCGACAAGCAAUCAGGAAGACUGGAGGCUACGAAGACAAAUCAGCAGAUAUAUGGACUUGGCCGAAGGGGAACUCGGCCUCCAGGUGCUCUACAUGACCGACAUUCUCACCGACAAAGACCGUGCCUUCAUUACCAAGGUUUGUCCUACGUACAACAUCACUAUCGAGAACGCAACGUCGGACAUGUCACCUGAGCCUUCUCUUGAGACAGAACAAAGCACAACACCCGAUUCUGCCAACCACACAUUCCCCGAGGUCCUUCCUACUCCUCAAAAAGGAGCCGGUCUGAAAACUGUCAAACGUACGCUGUCUCUCUUCGGUGAGAUACCGCAUGGCUACCGGAUUAGCGACCUCCCAGAGCCACAACAGCGAGAGAUACAAAUGCGCUUGGAGCGAGACACUGUUGAAGCAGCCCUUGAUAAAUGGCGUGAGGAUAACCAAGCGUUGAACAAGAUGGGACUCAAUACAUCAAUCAACUCAUCAGUGCUGAAUGCGCGGCUGUACGACUGGCAGCUUGCUCUCGAGGCUCGAUUGACGGAGUACAUGUCUGAUCCGGACGGAGAAGACGUUGCCAAGACCCAUCCUAAUAAAAUGGAGGCGGAACGCAUGCUCACCAGACCUUUCAUGCGGCAGAGCACAGCUUCACGACUGGCUGCUCUCACCAUUCUGAGCGUCAUGAGCUCCCUUGCUAUGCAUGGGGUAGACAAAGGGAUAACCAUCACCCAAACUAUUGCAACCGUUGCAAGAUCUGCGGAAGAAGAUGCUGCAGCCUUCCAACGCUCUGUAAGGCAGAAGAGAGAAAAGUUGAUGCGGAAGAAUGGGUUCGCACGGGCCAAGGCAGCAGGAGCUGAGCCCAAUGCCCCUGGUACCGAUUCUACCCUGCGCGUCACCGACAUUUAUGAUAUCCAGACAGACUCUGCAGAACGGUGGCCUGCGUCAAUAAGGUUAACGAUCGGCUCCGUGUUGCUUAGCUCACUAGUCGACGUCGCGACUAUCACCGUGACAAAGGAGCAUCCCGAGACCAGGGAGACGAUCUCGGCCGAGCAGCCGGCUUUUGCUCGUAGUAUUCAGUACAAGCAGGGCAAGAAGUAUGGUACAUUAGCCCCCAACAAGUCACUUGUACAACUUAUGAUGCGCGAGCCACGGAAGGAGUUUCUCGCGCGUCAUUUGCCAAUGGUUUGCAAGCCUGACCCUUGGACGAAAUUUGAUAAAGGCGGAUAUCUCGACCAGCCCACACACCUCGUGCGCAUCAAGCGUGGCGAGAAGGAUCAGAAGCUCUACGCCGAGGCGGCAAUGGCGAGAGGUGACAUGGAACAGGUAGCCAAGGGGCUCGACGCGCUUGGCAGGGUCGGAUGGAAUAUCAACAAGUCGGUGUUGGAUGUCGUCCUGCAAGUUUGGAACUCGGGCGAGGGUAUCGGCGGUAUACCUCCCCUGAGCGUCGACAUUAAGGCCCCCGAAGAGCCAUCACCUUCCGAAGAUCCGAUGGUUCGCUUCCGUUGGAUUAGGGAACUUAAAAAAGUCGAGAAUAUCAAGGCAUCGUACCACUCCCAGCGAUGUCAUACCAACUUCCAACUCGAGAUCGCUCACGCAUACAGAGAUCAGACAUUGUACUUCCCCCACAAUGUCGAUUUUAGAGGCCGAGCAUACCCUUUACCUAUAUACCUCAACCACAUAGGCGCGGAUCUCUCUAGGGCUCUGUUGCUUUUCGACAAGGCAAAGCCCCUGGGAGAAGAUGGGCUCCAGUGGUUGAAGGUUCAUCUAGCCAACGUCUAUGGGUUCGACAAGGCAAGCCUUAGCGAGCGUGCUCAGUUUGCUUUGGAUCAUAUAGAGGACAUAGUCGAUUCCGCAACCAACCCAUUGUCAGGGAAGCGCUGGUGGCUAGGCGCGGAGGACCCAUGGCAGUGUCUGGCUACGUGUAAGGAGCUGAAGGCUGCCUUCGACAUGCCGGACCCGGCGCAAUACGAGUGCCGUCUCCCAGUCCACCAGGAUGGCACUUGCAACGGGCUUCAGCACUACGCGGCGCUUGGUGGCGACUCCUGGGGAGCUCGCCAGGUCAACCUGGAGCCAGGUGAUCGUCCUGCCGAUGUGUACACCGCAGUUGCGAAUCUUGUCAGUGAGAGCAUCGAAGAAGACAUCGCCAAGGGUGUCAAGAUGGCCGCGGCUCUCAAGGGGAAAAUCAAGCGGAAGGUUGUCAAGCAAACUGUCAUGACCAACGUGUACGGCGUCACAUUUGUGGGUGCCAAGUCACAAGUGAAGAAGCAAUUGGAUGCCUUUUAUCCCGACAUCAAGAAGGAGACGGGCUUUGACGCGAGUCACUUGGCCGUAUACAUCGCCGCUAAGAUCUUCAAGGCAAUGUCGACCAUGUUUAGAGGAGCGCAUGAUAUCCAGUAUUGGUUGGGUGAAAUCGGCAGCAGGGUGUGUCGCGCUGUCACUCCGGACCAGAUGGUCCGGCUGUCCGAGGAAAUGAUGAGACCGCAAAAACAAAAAGAGAAGGCCCUCAAGACACUGGCGACCACCGGCAACCCCGAAUACGAUCAAGUCUUAGCGAGCUACAACAAGGCAUCAUUGGGUGACCUGCUGAGCCAGUUCAGAUCGACUAUUAUCUGGACGACUCCGCUUCGCAUGCCUGUCGUCCAGCCGUACAGAAAAGCCGCGGUGAAAAUCAUCAAGACAAACUUUCAGGACUUGAUCCUGAGGGUCUCGGAUCCUUGGGACCCGGUGCAUAAGCAGAAACAGCUGCAAGCCUUCCCGCCCAACUUUGUGCACUCUCUCGAUGCUAGCCACAUGAUGCUGUCGGCUCUUGAGUGCGAUUCCAAUGGGCUUACCUUCGCUGCGGUUCACGACUCCUUCUGGACGCAUGCGUGCGAUGUACAGAAAAUGAGCAACAUCCUGCGCGACGCAUUUAUUAGGAUUCACGAAGAGGACGUCAUUGGUCGUCUGGCCGAUGAAUUCAAGGCUCGAUACAAGGACUCUCUUUACAUGAUGAAAAUAUCCUUAUCGAGCGAUGCCGGCAAAGCUAUUGCGGAUUGGCGCAAGCGUAAUCCCAAAAUGACCAUGUCGGAUGAGCUGUUCUUGGAAAAGCGGAGGCUCGAACUAUUGGCAUCAAAAGAUCCCGCUGAGCGGGCAAAGGGUGAGGCGCUCGAGACGCCGGCCUCGCUUUACGAGCAGCUUUCCAAGGGAUGUGAAGAGGUUCCCGACCUGGAAGAUGUUCCGGUCCCCAGCUUGUCGGUUCCCAAAAAGGCUCAAGAGCUGCUCGACGGCAAGAAUUUAGAGACAGACGAUAUGGCCAGUGACGAGCAAGAGCCAAUGCAGGAUGAGGACUUUGAAGAAGCGUUGGCGUCUGAGGAGUCAGUGGAGUCAGAGGACGCAGCGGAAGAUAGUAUCGCCGCAGAUACCGAAGGCCCGGCCGAAACAGAGCAGGGAGCAGAAAGUGCGAAGGAACCCAUCAGCCACUUUGGUCUCGCGAUGGAGGGCAGGAAGAGAGCCUCGAUGACGCGCAAAAGAACCGUGUCGAUCUGGGCGCCAAUUUCAUUCCCAGAUAUCCCCGCAAAGGGUGACUUUGACGUGACGCGACUGAAGUCGAGCAAAUAUUUCUUCUCCUGAUUCCUUCUUCCAUCCUCGGGUACAUCCGUCCGGAUCGAGUGCACAGCAGCAGACACGGAUCUCGGCCGCCGCCUGUUCACAAUAUCUACAUACAUAAGAUCUGCUUUUUGUUUCGUGCCAUUUAUUGUCUGUAAGCAGACGUUAUGUGGUUCUCAUUUACUUAUUUAUUUCGGUUUAACGCAUAUUUCCUUUUUUUCCUAUCGGCUGGUUGACUGCCGCUAGGUCCCAUGUACAAAAACAAUUCAGCUUGUUUUUUUCUGCAGUUUUUCGCAGAAGACGAAAAGGAGGCGCGCGUUACAAAUAUCAUAGGUUGGAGUUGUCUGCGGUCUCUGUUUCUUCAAAAGAAUCUCUGGUUUCUUUCUUUUUUGUCAUAUUACUAGUCCAACCUGGCACAUCACACGCCUUGGGUACUUCAAUGUAUUUUAUUAUUGCAGUUUUUUUCUCUCUUUUUUCCUUUUUUUUCGGCACACUGGGCGAGCUGAGGAUCGGGAGCCUGUUGACCCGAGUCUCGGGUCACCGCUUCCAUCGUCGAUGUUGGAGCGGAACUGGACCACGAAAAGCGUCUUACCAAGUCUCUUUAGAGACGCAGGGGAUGUAUAACAAGACUACGGUAUAUAUCGUUAUAGAGAAAUUACUUAUUAAAUGAUACGUUUUACAUGUAGAAUUCUUCCGGU